AUUACAGUCACUUCCCAUUCCUUUUCAUAUCCUCUAUCUCUAUGCCCCCCAGAAAGGGUAUCGUCAAGUCUGGCAAUGCUGGAAACUCCUCAAAACCUGUUAGCACGCCUACGGAUGUGACCAAGAGCGAAGAAAAACCACUGUUUCCUUCUGGGUUCAAGUAUCCACUCAGCUUGCUUCAUGAAAGAUGCCAGGCGAAUGGCUGGGAUAAACCUUCGGUGGAUACCCGGAAAUGUGGCAAUGCAUAUUCUUUCUCAGUCACUUUGAGUCGAACGAGCAAGAAGACGUCCGAGAAAGAAACAGUUCGUUUGCAUCCAGAUCCACCAUACACCCGACCAACUGCUAUUGAAGCUCGACAUUGGGGUGCUACGUAUGCCUUGUACCGUUUUUGUAAUUCCAUCCAGCUAAAUCGGGUGCUACCCCCUGGUCCUCGAGAGUACUGGAAUGAACUUGCUGAAGAAAAGAAGAAAGCACCUGACCACCAGAUGUGGAUGUAUGAAGCCGAUCCAUUUGCGGCUCGCAAAAUGGUAGACGAACGUCAAGCGAAGGCGGCAGCGAAACGAGAGGAAGCUCGAAAGCCUGUUGGGGAACGCAGCGACCGACCCAGCACAACUUCUGAGUUUACCUAUGCACCUGAAGUGAAGAUGGCGACUCCUCUGCGCGACUCAGUUGAACAGUCAAUCAAAAAGGCUGUGGCUAUGUAUCCUGAGGCUCAAGAAUCUAUGCCUUUAAUUCUUGCUCCAGAAGAUGUCCCUGCCGUACAGAAGCAGCUUACGCAAGUGGGCUUUACGCCGAUCCAGGCUCGGAAUGCGACUACAGCGUUGUCUCAAGCAUCUGCGCUCACGUCGAAUCUCCUUGCGAAUCAGACACCAUUACAAGCAUGCAUUGAGUAUCUCAUUCUUCAUAUUCCCGAGUGCGACUUGCCGAAACGUUUCCUGCCGGACGUAAACUCGUCGAAUCCUUUCGUCACCUCUGCUCAUUCUGGGACAGAGGACCUCAAGCUUCGGUGGCUCCAGGAAAAGGCUGUCAAGGAAUGUGGCUGGCCAAUUCAAGUGAUUAAAGAAUGCGUAUCAAGCAACAAAGUCUCUGACAACUGGCCUCUUCUGGUCAAAUUGCUCAACAAGAGGUUACUCGGUGAAGAUAUUAGCGGCGUUAGCGAUCCGUUCAAAUACGAUGAGGAGCUUGAAGAACUGGAUCAAUACGAGCUUGAAGCGUUGGAAAUCCAGAUCAGUGCAAACAACGAAUUGAUCGUUCCAUCUCCAAUGGUACCCAUGAAGUUGGUCGUUUUUCUUGAUGAGAAACGUCUUGUGCCGGCUGUUGGGGAUCCUCCGCCUAUGUACAUCUCUUCCACUGCGGUGGCUGCAUAUGUCCGACUGCAUAUAUUGUCCAAGCUUCUAUCGACCUUUAAGGAAGGAACCUUCGCUGAUUCUGGGGAGAGCUUUGUAAUGGCGGCGAUUCGUCAUAUCGAGGAAGAAUGGGCCCGGAUUGAGGAUCACGGACCGCCAGAUAUGUCUACUGUCUUGCAACAUCUGUUACCUCAGGAAACCGGCAUCAUUUCUAUCGACGACUCUGAGAAGGGCGCUGCUGCGAUUUCGAAUGCGGGAUCUGUUAGGAAACGACGACCAUGUAAAUUACGGGAUGACCGUUCGGACGCUCGUGUCAAGGAGGACUUCGAGGCUCUUCGUAAAACUGAGAAGUAUGCCCAGAUGUUGUCCGGCAGGAAGCGUUUGCCUGCAUUCCAAGCUCAAGCGCACUUUUUGGGAUUACUGGCAAAGAAUCAAUGCGUGGUCGUAGUCGGAGAGACUGGCUGCGGAAAGACUACGCAACUACCACAGUUCAUCUUAGAUUCCAUGGUAUUGAACGAGCAGGGCUCGCGCGCAUCCAUCAUCGUUACCCAACCUCGUAGGCUAUCCGCCCUUGGUGUCGCUGCUCGUGUGUCCUCUGAACGGCUGGACGACGGCUCUGUGGGUUACGCUAUUCGCGGUGAAAGCAAACAGAGCAACAAGACGAAGCUGCUCUUCUGCACCACUGGUGUUGUUCUAAGACGGCUUGCCUCUGGUGACAAGCUGCAAGAUGUAACACACGUUGUUGUCGAUGAGGUUCAUGAACGCUCGGUUGAUGGUGACCUCUUGCUCCUUCAACUGAAGGAGUUAAUGAAACAACACAAGAAUCUCAAAGUCAUUUUGAUGUCUGCUACCAUCAACCACGAGAUCUUCAUCAAGUACUUCAAUAAUGCACCCCUCCUCACUAUCCCGGGCUUCGCGCAUCCAGUUUCAGACUUAUAUUUGGAGGACGUCCUGCCUCGCAUUUGCUAUAGGCCAACUUCCGGAAAAGGUGGCAAGAGGAUAUCAGAAAAUGAGAAGGAAAAGGAUCGAUCACGCUACUCAGGAUUGAGAUUAGAUGACGACUGUAUCGCCGCUCUUCAAACCAUUACCAGAUCCGAUAGAAUAGAUUACGAGCUUGUCGCGGCAGUUGUCGAACAUAUAGUCUCGACAGCGGAGAAAAUAGGAGGAAUCCUCAUUUUUCUUCCCGGUGUACAGGAAAUUCGUCAAUGCAUGGAAAGCCUUAGAAAAAAUAGACAAGCGAAAAUCCUACCUCUACACGCCAACUUGUCCAACGAAGAACAGCGGGCUGUGUUUGCUUCAACACCGAAUUGGAAGAUAGUGUGUGCUACGAACGUGGCCGAGACUUCCAUCACCAUUGACGAUAUCAUUUACGUGGUGGACUGUGGCAAAGUCAAAGAAACGCAGUUUGAUCCAGAAUCUGGACUUACCAAGCUUGUUGAGCAAUGGGUCACUCGAGCGGCAGCCAAACAACGACGGGGUCGAGCGGGUCGUACCCAAUCUGGAUUCUGUUACAAAAUGUAUACGCGAAAGCAAGAAGAACAUUUUGGCGCGUUCCCAAUUCCUGAAAUCAAACGGGUGCCUUUGGAGAGCGUGUCGCUCACGGUGAAAAUCCUGCAUAAGGACGUGAAGGCGUUCCUCAACCGUGCAUUGGAUCCUCCUGACAUGGCUGCGAUGGACCAUGCAUUGGCAGUCCUGCAGCAGCUUGGUGCUGUGGAUCAAUCCGACGAAGUCACGCCGUUGGGUGAACACCUCGCCACUUUGCCGUUGGAUCUCAGACUUGGAAAGAUGUUAAUCCUGGCUACGAUUUUCCAAUGCCUAAACCCUAUUCUGACGGUUGCCGCUUGUGUUUCGUCAAAACCGUUAUUCUUGAGCCCCCACGACAAGAGAGUGGAAGCGAGUAGGGCUCGUGAGCGAUUCACCACGGCAAACAGCGAUCUUUUAACGGACGCCAACGCAUACGCCGAAUGUCUUCGUCUUCGCAACGAAGGUGCCUCGCAAGGUGCCAUUCGCUCCUUCUGUGAAGAGAACUUCAUUUCGGCUUCCACCGUUCGCGACAUCACUUCGUUGCGUAAUGAUCUGUUCUCCGCCCUGUCGUCGUUGGACUUCGUUCCACCUUCAAGUACACCCACGUCUGACAGUCUUAACGUCAACAGUGACAACACCAAUCUCGUAAAAGCUGUCAUCCUUGGAGGUCUCUGGCCUCGUGUAGCCCGUGUACAUCUUCCUAAGUCAGCGAUCAAGUUCGACAAGGUACAGGCUGGAACGGUACAGCGGGAGAACACAGCCAAGCAAUUCAAGUUUUACGACAUCAGCAGAUCUGGGGAAAGAGUAUUUUUACACCCUGCUUCCAUUCUGUUCGGGUCAUCCAUAUGGAAGUCACCCUUUGUGGCGUACUUCCAGAAGCAGAUGACUACGAAGAUUUUCCUGAGGGAUGCCACUGAAGUUCCCAUGUACGCACUUCUGUUGUUUGGAGGGCCUGUAUCGGUGAAUCACAUCGGCGGAGGUCUUACUGUCGGCACUGGUGACGGCUUCAUCAAGCUGAAGGCAUGGCCACGGAUCGGUGUUCUUGUAAAUCACCUGCGACGACUCCUUGAUGUUCAACUGGCGCGAUGUGUUGAAGACAGUACGACUCUUACGUCGGGAUCCGAUAACCCUGUUACACAAGCCAUGCUGGCGUUGCUCACGAACGACGGUUUGAGUCAUAAUUAAUGAGGCUCCGUUGGUUGCAAGAAUUAAAAAUCGACUUUUCAUUGAUUCUCUCACCAAACCAGAGAGAAUCAACAAAAAUAUGGCGAGAUCCUUGUAGCAAGCGGGGCCCAAAACCACAUUCACAGUACUUAGCAGACUUAUUGUUUAGAAAUUCAUGAUGGAUUUACAGUGCGUUACACGUGCAAGAAAGUGUGCCUAC